ACCUGGCCAUUGCCUUGUCCGGGAGCCCGCCCGCGCUGCCGGGAGCCCAAGACUCACUUCCGGCCGCGUCCCGGAAGCCGCGCGCAGAGCCAGCGUGUUUCCCCUCCACCUGACCCCUGCUCACCAGGGCAGUCGUGUUUCACUCACCUUACACCUGCCAGCCUACGACUGAGCUGCCCAGGAGGCAUGAGCACUUCCAAGCUCUAUACCUUAGUGCUGGUGCUGCAGCCCCAGCGGGUCCUCCUGGGCAUGAAGAAGCGGGGCUUCGGCAUGGGCCGCUGGAAUGGCUUUGGGGGGGAAGUGAAAGAAGGAGAGACCAUCGAGGAUGGGGCCAGAAGGGGGCUGCAGGAAGAGAGUGGUCUGACAGCAGAGAUUCUGCACAAAGUGGGGAAAAUUGUGUUUGAGUUCGUGGGGGCCCCCGGGCAAAUGGAAGUGCAUAUCUUCUAUACAGACAGCGUACAGGGGACACCUGUGGAGAGUGAUGAAAUGCGACCUCAGUGGUUCGCCCAGGACCAAAUCCCCUUCCGUGACAUGUGGCCCGAUGACAGCUACUGGUUCCCGCUCCUGUUCCAGAGGAAGAAGUUCUGCGGCUACUUCAAGUUCCAGGACCAGGACACUAUCCUGGACUAUUCGCUACGUGAGGUGGACCACGUUUAGCGCUGAGCCUACUGGUGGCCAGGAGAGGGCGCCUUGGCAGCAGCUCUCCUGUCCACAUGCUCACAAGGCCAGCCUCAUGAGGUGUCAGAGGUGAUGGAUGCAAGGGAGGGCCUUCAGCAGUGUGGCUUGUCCUGUCCCCAGGGAGCUGCCUGUCGUGCCGCUGUCACACAGACACUGGACAGAGGUGGGAGGGACUGGGUAAAGGAGGGCCUGCCAUAUGAUCUAGUGUCCUUUUAUUGCCACCCCACACUUUGUGAUUCCUACCCUUUCCCAGUGGGGAAACAGAGACAAACAAGAGUCAAAAGCCAUGGGGCUGGGAAGGUGGCUCAGUGGUAGAGCGCUUGUCUAGCUUGCAUGAGACCCUGGGUUCGAUUCCUCAGC